CUGAAGCUGGUUCCACAGAGGAGCUUGGCAGUUGGGGCUUUGGCUCGAUUCUAUAUGUAGAACCUCUAGAACAAGUGUAAACCGCCGACCUCGAGGCUCAGGGUUCCUGCUGGUUCUCUGCUGAUGUCAGUUGGCUCAUCUAGCUGUUGACUCCCCUUGACUGAACACACCUGAUCCAGUUAAUCAGUACCAGACCAGAAAGGGAGUGGCCAGAGUUUGAGACACCUGCUCUAGAAGCACCAGUAAACCAGCUCUGAGUCGGUGUAUUACAAGAUGGAGCUGAUCAUUCAGUUUUGAAACCUUCCUAUGACUAAAUAAAUUCAGAUUUUAAGCAGAAAUGCUUUUCUUUUCACGUACAGUGAAGGUUUCACCAUAUCAAGAAUUUGUUUUACUGGUUGAACCAGUGAAAUAUAUGCUAUAGCAGAUAAAAACAUGUAAAGUUGGACAUGAGUGGAUCAGCAGUUGUACAAGGCAUGAUGCCGAAAUCCACGUUUCUAGCCACACGUGUCUUUUUCAUGAGAACAGUAAAACCAAAUGCUCAGUGUGUUGUUUUCUCCUGCGUUCGUGUGCUUCUGUAUUAACACUUGAACCAUGUAGCUCUUUCUCGUAGCCGAACCUCUGCUGUCCGUCCAGCAGAGGGCGCUGCAGACCAGGUGAGGUCCAGCAGCACCUGCGUGCUACUUAGUCUUCUCCUUCAAAUAAUCAUUUAUUAACGUAGGUACAGUGAUGCCUAAGAAAACACUGACGAAACAGGCCUCUGUGGCGUGAGCACGACGGACAAGCGGCUUCUGGCCUUUCUCAAACUAAAAAAUGUGAGAAACUGGAUAAAGUCGAGGCUUUUAGCAGCAGGAUGUCGCCUGUUCACUUCUACAAAAAAAAUGUACGAAGUUCAGUUUACGCAUUGAGUUCACGGUGUACAGAUAUGAAGCUUCAAGGAUACAUCUGAAAAAUAAAAAGAACCAAAGUUGGUGUGACAUCAGUUUCACUGGAGCUGUUGGUUCAAACCGAUUUUUUGAGGAGGUCACGUUUUUAAAACCGCGACUGUUUCAACGACUCUGAUUGGUGCCUUCUGUCCGCUCAUGUUGGAAAAAAUGGAUAUUUUCCGUCUUCAACUGUAUUCUUUGUUUACAAUUGUAAAAGCCUUUUCUCACAAACACCUUACCAUCACUUCACUCUUUCCUGUCGUAAAGUGAAGGAUGAUGCGAGCUGACGGGCGUCACGCGCUGAACUGGUCCGGUUCGGUUCGCUGCUAAUGAUGACGCAGCGCUUUUUGGACCUGCAGGUGAUGAGCGAUAACGAACCCGCUCGUCUGCAGCUCCGCCCGCAGGAGCUCCGCCUUUAUAAAGACGGACGCUUUGCUCCACAGUCGGUGGAAGUAAGUGACGUCCUCCGAGGUCAAUGUCUUCAUCCGCCCUGAUCACCGUCACCCACUGGUGGAGGGGAGACCAGAACCGCUGGGACGAGCUUCUGGACGAAACAUUUCUGCUUCACACCAAACUCACCAAUGAAAUCCCACUGUUCUACGCAGCUAAAAGCAACAGUGUUGGUUGCGUCCGGAACCUGCUGCAGUACAGGAACACCAACGUGAUGGAGCGAGGUGCUUUCGGGGAAACGUCGCUCCACGUUGCAGUGAUGAAUGACAACCUGGAGGCUGCUGUGGCUCUGAUGGACGCGGCUCCUGAACUUGUGGACGAGCCGAUGACGUCGGAACUGUUCCAAGGACUGACUCCGCUCCACAUCGCUGUGAUCAACCAGAACCUCAGUCUGGUCCAACAUCUCAUCGACCGUGGUGCUGAUGUGAACAUGCCUCGGGCCACCGGCUUGUACUUCCAGAAGAGGAAAGGAGGACUCUUCUUCUAUGGUGAACACAUCUUGUCUUUUGCUGCAUGUACUGGGAACAAAGACAUCGUCUCCCUGUUAAUUGAUGCAGGAGCCAGCACCAGAGUCCAGGACCACAAAGGCAACACUUUGCUUCACGUCCUGGUUCUGCAGCCCAACCAGGAGACCGCCUGUCGCAUCAUGGACCUGAUUAUGGCCUGUGAUGCAGAGCUGGACCAGUCGGUGCCACUCGUCAUGGUUCCAAAUGUCCGAGGACUCACUCCUUUUAAACUGGCUGCCAAGAAGGGAAACGUUGCGGUGUUUCAGCACCUGGUUAAUAGACGCCGUGUGUUCCAGUGCAGCCUGGGUCCCGUGACCUCUAAUCUCUACGAUCUGACAGAGAUAGAUUCAUGGGCCGACAACAAGUCUGUGCUGGAGGUGGUGGUGUGCAGUCGCCACAGAGAGGCCAGGAGGAUCCUGGAGGUGACGCCUGUGAAGCAGCUGAUCAGUCUGAAGUGGAACCUGUACGGAAAACACUACUUCAGGAUGCUGCUCUUUGUGUAUCUGCUCUACAUCUCCAUCUUCACAGCGUGUUGUGUGUUGCGUCCUCUGAAGGACAUCCCUGCUGACUACCCCAAACCUGUCACCAACUACAGCUUCAACACCAUCUAUGUCCAGAAAAGCCUCAAUGAGAGCUAUGUGACGUAUGGAGACCACGUGCGGAUGGGGGGGGAGAUCAUCAGCGUGGUGGGAGCCGUAGCAAUGAUCCUGUUAGAGAUCCCAGACAUACUGAGGGUGGGAGCCAAGCGCUACUUCGGCCAGACGGCGCUGGGAGGCCCCUUCCACGUCAUCCUGAUCGUCUACGGAGGCUUGGUGGUCCUGCUGUGCGUGUUCAGACUGUGCCAGGUGCAACAGGAGAUGUCCGUCAUGGCCGUGUGCUUGGUUCUGGGCUGGUGCAACGUCUUGUUCUUCGCUCGGGGUUUUGAAAUGCUGGGUCCUUUUGUCAUCAUGAUACAGAAGAUGAUAUUUGAAGACCUGCUAAAAUUCAUGUGGCUGCUGAUCAUUGUGAUCAUUGGUUAUGCCACAGCCGUGUGGACGCAUUAUAUGACCCAGAACCCGAUGUCUGUACCAGACUACACCAGUCUGCCUGUGAUGUUUUUCUCACAAUUUGUGGUGGACACGACCUUCAUUAAUCUGCCCAUCAAUGAAACCAUCCCCACGCCCCCAGUCAUUUAUGUGGUGCACAUUUCUUUCACUGUGUUUUCUUCGGUCCUCCUGACAAAUGUGUUGGUGGUGAUGAUGAAUGACACAAUGUCCAGGGUGGGUCAGGAGAGAGACAAGCUCUGGAGAACUCAGGUGGUGGCUACAACGUUGAUGAUGGAGAGGAGGUUGCCACGGUGCCUGUGGACUCAGUUCGGGGUGCGUGGGCUCAACAAUUAUCCAAAGGACCAGUGGUUUCUGAGGGUUGAGGCCAGAAAGGAUCGAAUGAUGGCAAAAAUGAAACAAAACAUCAAGAAACAAAAGACGGUUAUGGCGACGACGGACACAACAAAGACCUUGGACUCAGGAAUCCUCAAGAUUAGGUCAAAUAACGCUCAGGGCAGUCUGUCUUGGUGGAGGCUGGUUCGUCACAUUGUUUCAGGUUACGGAGGUGGAACACAAAGACUUGAGAACCAGGAUAUAGAAUUGUUUUAAUAAAACAAAUUCGUCUUUAUAUGGUCUAGAGUUAAAACCAGCUUCAUAAAACCAAGGCUGGUUCUGACAGAGCUGAUCCAUCAAAAUAAGGAGCAGCCCAAUAACAGGUUUGCAGUGUGAUGGUUUGUACUGUCUCAUGAAAUCUGUUUGAAUGCAACAGUAGCUGAACUACUGUAGCUUGACUUGCAAAAGAAUGAAUGGUCCCUGGGAGUAAGCAGGAUCCUCUGGCAUCCACCGUCGGCCAGCAGCAGGGGUUUCUGUUCAUACGCUGCCAUAUGUGAAAUAAAUAUAUGUCUGAGCCUUUGAAA